GAGCUGAAGUGGAGCCUGCUCAGACUCAGAGAGGCAGCAGAGAGAUAAACACAUCCACACAGCGAGGACGCUCACACGCUUCACUGCAGGGACGCUCAGUGUCAGGCAUAAAGAUGAAGCUGCUUCUUGUUCCCUUUCUGAUGGUUAUUAUGGAGGUGAUUGGUGGACCAACUCCAUCUGAACAACCAGAUUCAUGGCCAAGAACAACAGGAAGUUCUGCACUAGAUCUAAGAGGGAAGAUGUUCACUUUGUCUCGUACUUAUGGAGGUGUAACCUUCUACCCACCCUAUUAUGAUUCUGUCUCGCCUUCUACCACUGAUUACCCAACCAGAAGACACAAAACCCAUUCCUGGAUCCCCACCACACCUCCCACCACCAGUCUCUGGGGCUCCACUCGUUACUCCCCCCUUUCUACUCCUUCCUGGACCACCAACCGUCGCUGGAACUAUCCCUGGACAACAGAGAGUCCAACUAGAGGUGUGUCCGUGUGUCUGCGUUACAUGGCUGACAAUUUACAGUCUGGCUUCCCGCUUUUCACACUCAGUCCAAACAGAUCCCCUCUGAGUUUGGAGGUAAACCUUAACUCAUAUGGCCUGACAUUUAGCGGUUACUACAACUAUGUGAACCUGCGACCCCUCAUCAAGUUCUGGCCAAACAUCGGAUCGGACUUCUGGACCAGUGUGUGCCUCACUGUGGACACCAGGAAGGGUGUGGUACAGAUGUUCAGUGGCUCAAACAUGAGCAUCAGGAAGGUGCUGCCGUCUCAGUAUGUGUGGUCAGGCGAGCCUGUGAUUGAUUUCCCAGGUUUUGAUGGUCAGCUGACAGACAUCCAGAUGUGGGACUAUCCACUCCGCUAUAAAGAAAUCUUCUACUACAUGAACAGAGGUUAUUAUGGGUCUUACAGCGGCUCUGUCCUCUCCUGGUCCUACAUCAGAUACUCUCUCAGGGGAAGGGUAGUCAUGGAGGACUCCUAUGGUAUGCAGGCCAAAGAGCCAAUCAGGACAGUGGGGAGAAAGCACAGACUGAAGAAAGACAAGCUGAAGUUUUUCAGCAUGGAGAAGGAUGGAAUGAGUGAGGACCAAAAGACCCAGGUGUUAUAAGACGUAACAGGGGCAUCAGCACAAAAAGAAAAGCAAAAAGAGUGAUUCUUUCCUUCUUUAAUACUGAUCAUCUGAAAUUAAAAGUAUGAGGCUUUUGCUCCAUGUCUUCCCCCGCUUUUCUGUGCAUUCUCCAAAAGCUAACUUUCCUCUAAAGUAACCAACUGCAAAGAGUCCAGCUCAGUGACUUAAAUUAGUGGAAGUGAAGCCUCACUCAGCGCACUGAGUUAGCACUGCAGUGUCCACAUGCCACGAGCUACAAGUAUUAUGAAGGAGUCAUCUGUCAAUAAAGACCAAAUAGUAUUCAUACAAGGCUGUACUGGCAACCGAGGAUGAGAAGUAUGCAGCUGGUACGGGUACACUGUCCAAGUAGUUGAACUGCAUGUACUCAAUACUGUAUAUAAGCACUCCAUUUGAGACACAGAUUUUACUAAUACUAUCUCAAAGCUAAUUCUUUUCAUUUGUAUCCACUGUGGGUCUUUUUUUUUUUUUUUUUAAAUUUGUGUUUUG